UCUAACCUCGCGAAAAAUUAUUAUCUCUGAUUCCUUGGUUCGUGAUUUUCCUAUUUCUAUCGGUGGGCGAGUUCUGGUUGUUGAUGCUUAUGUGAUCGAAAUGCAAGACUUCGAUGUGAUCUUGGGCAUGGACUGGCUCAUUCGCUACCGAGCAGAUAUCCAGUGCCAGGAGCGCAAAGUCACCCUCUUUCCCGAUCCUGAUCAGCCUGUCGUAUUCUUUGGUGUGAAGUCGAGGACUGUGCCUCGAGUCAUAUCUUCUAUGCAAGCUAGGAAGAUCCU